AUGCCUCGGGUUGCGCAAAAUCCUCGUGGAGCCAGCAAUGGCCGAGUUGCUUCUGGUUCUAUGGCUGCAUCGCCUUUCAAAUCGCCUGUGAAAAUCCCACUCAACGAUGAUGCGCAAGAGAAGGCCAAACGUCUGCAGUCGCGGCAUGCCCUCCAUGAUAUACAUAUGAAUCAGAUUAAGGCGGCAGCAUCUCCAAUGCGGAAAUUGAGCAACUUUGAACGAGCUGGCAGUUCCUCUCCAUCCUCCAACCCAAAGACACCACGGCGGACACUGGGAAAAGAGAAUGACCUGGAUGGAGGAGUUAUGAUGGUUGGUGGAACGGCUGUUACGCCUAUGAAGCGCGUACCUCUACUUGCCAAUUUCGAGGAAUGGAUGAAGAUGGCCACAGACAACAAGAUCAAUGCGGCCAAUUCAUGGAACUUCGCGCUCAUCGACUACUUUCACGACAUGUCCCUUCUCAAAGAAGGAGAUGGCGUCAACUUUCAGAAAGCCAGUUGUACCCUGGACGGCUGCGUCAAGAUUUACACCAGCAGAGUCGACAGUGUUGCGACCGAGACCGGAAAGCUUCUGAGCGGAUUGGCAGACAGCGGAAAUAAUAAGAAGAAGAAGGGUGAAAGCGAGGAGGGAGAGGAGAGCGAAGAGGAAGUGGAGGACGAAGAUGGAGUGGUUAGGAAGAAGCCAAAGAAACGGGCCCAACGUUCAUCAGAGGCAACUUUAGCAAGCUCAUUCGCGGCUCUGCAAUUGAAGAAAUUCGAACUUGAAUUCUCGGUCGAUCCUUUAUUCAAGAAAGCUUCAGCAGACUUUGACGAAGGCGGCGCUAAAGGUUUGCUCCUCAACCAUCUUGCAAUCGACUCACAGGGUCGUAUUGUCUUCGAUAGCAGUGAUGAUGCCGGUGAUGUAUCUGGCGAGGGCCAGGGCCGACAACGGAAAGGCGAGGUUAUCGAGGAGGAAGAAACUGAACCUGAUUCCAUGAUCGAUACGACUUCAAAGGACGCUGAAGAGGACGAAGAGGAUGUGGAAAUUGAUGUUGGAGCUCUUGCCGCCAGGUUUUUCCCUAGCCUAGACAUUCUGGACGACCAGGACAUCUGCCCUUCCCUGAAGAACUUCGACCUUGGAGAUCCUUCCGGUACUAUGGAUAUUCCAUUCCUAAAGGCGCCCGAGGACUGGAGAGAGAAAGACAAGCCUGUCGAAACUUCUGUUGGCGACAAGUCGGGCAUCUUCCUUGAUGAUGACAACCCAGUGGGCUUUGAAGACGAUGACGACGGACUCUUAGGAAACUUCGACAUUCCCGCUGACGCUGGCUUUGGAGAGGGUGGUGAGGCGUGGGCUCGAGAUGCGGCAAUCGAAACGCGUAUGCGUGUCCACGAUGGCGGUUUCGACAAUGACGGCAUGGGAGGCGCAGACGGUGAGGAUGGCGACGGUGCUGCAGCUGGUGCCUUUGAUCCAGAGACUGGAGAGUAUGUAGUAUCUCUGGACCAUGGCGCAAAUAUCCAAGGUGGCCAUGAUGACAUCCUGAGCUAUUUUGACGAGGCAUUGCAGAAGAAUUGGGCCGGGCCAGAGCAUUGGAGAAUCCGAAAAAUCAAAGAUAUCAACAAGCCAGCAUCAGCUACCAAGGUACGAAAGGAGAAGGAAUUAUUUGAGAUUGACUUUCUGUCUCCUCUCUCCACAACUUUAGCGGAGACCAUCUACACGCCGGCGUCAUCAAACACUGUGAUCUCUCUCCCUAAGAAGGACUGGAAAUCAAAAACCAGAAACCUUCUCCCGGACGACAAACACUUCAAUUCCAAGCAGCUACUGAGACUCUUCUUGAAGCCCAAGGCUCGCAUGGGUAGUCGUAGAUCUGGCCUUGGUAUGAAGACCAACAACUUUGGUCAACGGAAAGAAGAAGAGGCUCCUGAAGGAGAAAUGGACGAAGCUUUCUGGGCACAGAAUGAAGGACCUGCUGGCGUUGAUGAUGCACCUCAAGGAGAUUACGAUGCAAACUUCUUUCAGGAUGACGGAUUACCAAUGCCAGGUGGACUUGAUGACGAUGAUGACAUCGAAUUCGCGGAUGCCCGUGAUCACUUUUCGCCUGGUGCCGAAGAGCGCGGUGAAGGUGUGAUGGCAGGUAUCAAUAGCGUAUUGAAUGGUGGCAUGACCCAGCUUCCUGAAGGAGAAGAAGGUGCUUUUGGCACCCAACUCGUUACUCAGAGCAGAAGGAUGAGACCGGAAUAUGUGCAGUAUGCUCGUGUGGCCAAGAAGGUGGAUGUCCGGAGAUUGAAGGAAGAGCUGUGGAAGGGCAUGGGCAUUGAGGCGCUCGAUCUUAACUUGCCGACCCAAGCUCCAGGAAGACUACCUACUCCUCAGCCUGAACCCAUGAAGGGAGAAGAUGGCAGUCUGAAAUUCACGUCUGUGAUGCAGAAUCUGCAAAGCGUCUACCCGAAGCAGGCCAUGAACGAUAUCUCAACGAGUUACUGUUUUAUUUGCUUGUUGCAUCUGGCCAAUGAAAAGGGUUUGGUGAUUGAGAAGCAAGAGGGGCUCAUGGAGUUAGACAUUAGAAAAGACCCCACUGCCGAGAUUACUGUGGGUGGAUGA